AUGUCCAAUCCAAUAUCCUCAAGAUGUGCAGCUUGCAAGUAUCUGAGGAGAAGAUGUCCUCAAGAUUGCAUCUUCUCUCCUUAUUUUCCUUCCAAUGAUCCCCAAAGAUUUGCUUAUGUUCAUAGAAUCUAUGGGGCUAGUAAUGUUGGUAAAUUACUCCAGCAACUCCCUGAAAGGGCUCGAUCUGAGGCAACGGAGUCGUUGUACUACGAAGCGCUUUGCCGGAUUCAAGAUCCCGUCUAUGGAUGUGCAGGCAUCGUAUCUUGGCUCCAACAACAAAUACAUGAUGUCGAAAGCGAAAUUGCAAAAACACAAGCAGAAAUCACAGUAUUCCUCAAUUCCACUGUCAAUAUCUCGGAACCAAACACCCAAUAUUCCCGAACUAAUGAGCAGGGUAUGGAGAACUUAACAAAUAAGCAUAAGGAGCCCCUGCAGUAGAUGCACAAAACUUCCAGUAAAGCUCCCCGGUUUAACUGAAAUUGUUUUUCUUUUGCUUGAACUUAUUAGAUAUUGCAAAUUGGAGAA